AUGGUUUUUGCUACUCCACGGUCAUCUUUGGGCAUCGGUCCCGCCUAUUUAGGCACCGCCAACCCAAACUCAAACACGUACACUAUUGCCGAUUCCCACUUAAAUUCCAGCAAUUCCGACACCUCAGACUGGAGCAGACGCGCCACUCAUAUGUCGGACGAUGAUGAACCUGCCGUUCCCUUCAAUAACCGGGCACAAGCCAUUAGGCCUCAAAUGACCAUCGCUGAUAUAAUGGAAGCCAUUGAAUCUAUGCGGGUCAAUAUGACUGACAAUUUCAACAUGUUGUUCACACUUUCGAAUGCGAACACAAAGUACGCUGAGCAAGGCGUCAUGCUAGGCAUGGCCGCGAAGGAGGCUGCGGAGACAAACAAGGUCGAAACUAGGACUCAGUUGCAGGAUCUAAGGGCUCAGAUUCAAAACAUAUGUAACUGGAGCUUCAAUAUUCAAUAUUCAAUGCUGAGCCGCCUAAAAAAUUUCGGACGCCGAUUGCGAUUGACAAGUCUUUUGCCUGUUCUCCGCUACUUCAAAGCGCGAGGGCAAUGUCACCAAGUUUCAAGCACUGCACCAAGUCCCAUGGACAUGUCACAUGCACUCCGGGAGAAAGAGAUGAGUGAGAGCGAAGAGAGUUCAGGCGAGGCGAUUUUUUCUGAAGGAAUGGAAGAACUUGUGCGGGCACAUACCUAUAUUCCUCGGCAUGCUUCUCGCGCUCUCAAUCAGCCUAUUCUGACCCUUAUUUCGCCCAAAUCGUCGAGGUCCCAACCAUUUUCGAGUUCAAACAUAACUUUGUCUCUGACUCCUUACAUUAGCGAGGCAUUGAACCUCGUGCUGAUGAUCCGGAACACAGCUGCCAUGGCAGUGCCAUCGGAUGAGCACGUUGUCAGACAAGUGUACGGAAUGCAGCUGGUGCCGGACUGA